UGACCUUUAGAUUCCUCCUCCCGCCCGCGCUCCCUCCUCCUGGCGGUUGCCGCUGCGCCUUCCCCUUCAAAGCGGUCGGUUGCCUGCCCCGCGCAGCCGACCCAGAGCAGGGGUGUCGCGGUUCGAGGUAGAGAGGUCGGCCAAGUGCGUGGCCAGGGCUAGAAGGGAUCGGGGCUGGGGAGCGGGCCGCUGGACGCCCCCGGAGAAGAAGGGAGAGCGAAGGGGACGGAGGAGGAAGAUCGCGCUUCCACCAGCGCCUGGUCGCGAGUCUGGGCACUGCGUCGGGCUUCGCUGCCGGCCUGACUGAGGAUGGCAGCCUGUAAAGUGAGCCAUAUAUUCAUGGAGAAAGUAUGGGAAUGCUUACUAAAAUUCAAGGUUUCUCUUGGUCUCCUGUUGCUUCAUUUAAUUUUGGCUUCUGGCACAGCCAGUGAUACAAAUAUCUCAUCAAACCUUAGAAAUUUUUCUGUAAGCACAACAGAUUUGUCUUCAGUUGGAACUCUGGACACUACAGAAACAACAAAUAUAAUGGAACUUGACUUUUCAAAAAUAGAUGGAGCAAACAUUUUAUAUAAGAAAGUGUGUAAGUUAUCAGAUAUCUGUAAAGACUCAGUUUUCUACAUGGGCAGUACAAAAUUUCAAAUUCGUGAAAACAAUUCAGAUACUUCAUAUAACCUAACAGUAAAAUAUCCUGGCAAUAACACUAAUCUGUACCAGUUAAAAGUUUAUUCAACCCAACCAGAAAUCAAUAUUUCAGAUUUCAAUAAAACACUUCAACGGCUAAGUCAGUCGUCUCUCAUUCAGUGUAAUGACUUAAACCAGAGUAUAGUCAGCUGUAUUUUUAUAAUAAAAUUGGAGAAAGGAAUGAAUAUAAGCAACAUAGUAUCAGAGUUAGAAGAAAAAGCAGAACUAAAUCUAAUUGAAUCAUGCUGCUGUUCCAUGCAGCCUUUUUCUUGUCCAAAUGCCCAAGAGUUGCAACGUCUUCAGUGUGAUAUUCAUGAACCAAUUGCCUGUAAUGGUCAUAGUACUCCUGAUUCUCCAGUUUCACCUGCAGGUCCUUCCUCUUUUACAAUGCAGCAUGAAGCCUUUUCCUCUGAAUCAUCCUCUGAAUCAGCAACUGUUUUGACACCCCCUUUCACUGAGCUUACAACAAUAAAUAUUUCUAAUAUAUAUGUUACUCAUAAUUCUUUCACUGAGCAAACUACAGUGCUUUCUUCUGAAUUUCCUACAAAGUCAACCAAUAUAAUUGUUCCUUCAACCUUGGUUGAAACAAUUAAUUCAGAUUUUACAACACAUUCUGCUCAGGAUAUUACUACUUUUCCUGAAAUAUAUCCCACAAUAUCUACCAUAUCUAAUGCUCAGCAUACAACCUCAGUUUCUUCGGCCAUCAUGUCCAUGUCUUCUUCCAUGAUCUACACUAAUGAUAUUGGAGGACCAAGUAAAAAAAGCACAGAGCAAAUAUCUCAUAAUAAUUCAAGCACUACCAAUAGUGUUCAUGCCUCCAAUGUCAACAGCAUAGUUUCUGAGCUUGAAGGCUACUUAACUGCAGAAACAAUAGCACCAUCUCUUGGACAGUCGAUGCUGGAAAGGGUUAGCUUCCUUCUAAGCAUGCCCCAAUCACAAAUAUAUCCAGUGUCUAAAAGAAUAAUAAAAAUAGUGGAUGUAAUUGGAUUAAAAUUGAAAUUCUCAACAACAUCCAUUAAUCUUACCACUCCUACUUUGGCUCUGGCUGUCCUGAAAGUCAACAGUAGCUCUUUUAGCAAAGUUUCUUUUGCUGUUCAACAUUCCUCAGAUCUUGAGGCUACCCUUGGAACUGAAGUGCCAUCAAAGGUUAUUGGAGCCAUUACACUUCCAUCAUCAUUAAUGGCAGACUUGAAACCUCAAGAUAAGCAUAUAUCUUCUAGAAUUACAUUUAACUUUUUUAAAAAAACAACUCUAUUCCAGGAUUCUACACUGAAACAAUUCUCUUUGUUCAGUUAUGUUAUAUCAUCCAGUAUUGCUAACCUUUCAGUCAACAACUUGAAGACAAAUGUGACUGUCACGCUACAAAAUAUCAGGCCUAAUCAGGCAAAUUUGACUGUUAGAUGUGCCUUCUGGGAUAAAAAUGAUGGCCAAGGCAGUUGGAAUUCUGAAGGUUGUAUGGUAAAAGAAAGAACAAUGAAUGAAACCAUCUGUAGCUGCAAUCACCUGACAAGUUUUGGCAUAUUACUGGAUUUAUCAAGAAACCCCACUAUAUCUCCAGUUCAAGUGCUAAUUCUAACUUUCAUCACCUACAUAGGUUGUGGACUUUCAGCUAUUUUUCUUUCUGUGACUCUUGUUACCUACAUUGCAUUUGAGAAAAUCCGAAGAGACUACCCAUCUAAAAUUCUUAUCCAGCUCUGCAUUGCUCUGCUUCUUUUAAACAUAUUUAAUUUAUUGCUGAUUCUUUUGGAUUGCUCUGUAUCCGAGAUCCAGG